AUGAUUAAUAAAAAAGAACGGAUUUACAUGUUUAUCUACCGUUGUUUCUCUCCAUCUCUCUCAGUCUGUCUGUCUAUCUAUGUAUCUAUCUGCCUGUCUUUUCAUUCCUCUCUAUCUAUCUAUCUAUCUAUCUAUCUAUCUAUCUAUCUAUCUAUCUCUGUCUUUUCAUUUCUAUCUGUUCUCAUGUGCUCAUAUGUUCAUAUUUAUGUUCAUAUCUGUCUUUUCAGUCCUAUCUAUCUAUCUAUCUAUCUAUCUAUCUAUCUAUCUAUCUAUCUAUCUUUUCAUUUCUAUCUAUCUAUCUUUUUAUUCCUGUCUGUUCAUAUCUAUGCUCAUCUUCUCUCUAUCUCAGUUUCUAUCUAUCUAUCUAUCUAUCUAUCUAUCUAUCUAUCUAUCUAUCUAUCUCUGUCUUUUCAUUUCUAUCUGUUCAUAUCUAUGCUCAUAUGUUCAUAUCUAUGUUCAUAUCUGUCUUUUCAUUCCUAUCUAUCUAUCUAUCUAUCUAUCUAUCUAUCUAUCUAUCUAUCUAUCUAUCUAUCUAUCUUUUCAUUCCUGUCUGUUCAUAUCUAUGCUCAUCUUCUCUCUAUCUCAGUUUGUUCAUAUCUAUCUAUCUAUCUAUCUAUCUAUCUAUCUAUCUAUCUAUCUCAAUUUCUGUUCUUUCCUCUUUUCUCCCUUCUCUUCUCUUUUCCCUCUCUUCUUCUCUCCUCCUUUUCAACGUCUUUCUCUUCCUUUUCUCUUUCAUUUUUUACUCUUCCUCACUUCCGGCAGCUCCUCCUCUUCCCCCCCCCCUCUGAUCCUAUUUCCACUCCCUGUUUCUGCUCUUCUCCCUUUUUCCUUCAUUUUCAUUCGCUACUCCUCCGCCUUCUCUUCCUUUUCUCUUCAUCUUUUUUUCUUCGCCUCUUCUCCUUCUGCCUCUUCUUUUAUUGCUGUCUCUCUUUCACUCCUCCCGUCUAUUAUUAUUCUUUACCCUCCUUUUCUUUAUUCUCCUCUUCCUCUUCCUUUUCCUUUUCUUCGACUCAUUCAAAUGACACCAAACAAUGCAGGCCACAUUCUGUCAUGUCAUGUUCUGUUCAUAUCUAUCUAUUGUGCACAAAUUUUAUCCUAACAAAUUUGUGCCUCCUAAUUUCGUCAGUCUACAUUAUAUAUCGUUUUUGUCAUUGUCUCUUUCUUUCUUUCUUUUUUUCUUUAUUUUUCUUUCUUUCUUUCUUUCUUUCUUUCUUUCUUUCUUUCUUUCUUUCUUUCUUCUUCACUUGUCCCUACAUCAACCCGUUAUCUUCCUGGCGACGCCCAAUGCCAUUUGCUCAUUACCAAAUUCUGAUUAUGCAUAUCUAUCUAUCUAUCUAUCUAUCUAUCUAUCUAUCUAUCUAUUUUGUGCAGUCUAUCUAUCUAUCUAUCUAUCUAACUAUCUAUCUAUCUAUCUCAUUCUGUUUGCAUAUAAAUUUAAUUUAUCUAUCUAUCUCAUUCUGUUUGCAUAUAAAUUUAAUCUAUCUAUCUAUCUAUCUAUCUAUCUAUCUAUCUAUCUAUCUAUCUAUCUCAUUCUGUUUGCAUAUAAAUUUAAUCUAUCUAUCUAUCUAUCUAUCUAUCUAUCUCAUUCUGUUUGCAUAUAAAUUUAAUCUAUCUAUCUAUCUAUCUAUCUAUCUAUCUCAUUCUGUUUGCAUAUAA